CUGGGCCGCCGAGGCUCAGGCGGAAAGAGCGCCAACCCGCUCCGUGGGCCGCGCCGGCAGGGCCUCCGGGCUCCGCGGCCGUCCCUUCCCCCGCGGAGACGGCCGUGCUCCGGUCGCGGGAGCCCGGAGGAAGGCGGGGCCUCCUCGGGACAAGAUGGCGGCCGCGCGACGCUCUGGGCUUCCCGGCCACGACUCGGUCGCCGGAAGUCCUCUGGGUCUCGCCAAUCGGAAGCGGAAGUAAAGGGCAGUUGGCUGCCGGGCUCUGGCUCCGCGAGGCCGCCGGCGAGCGGAACCGCGGGAAGGCGCGUGUCGGCCGCUCACUGGCGCCGGCGCCGGCCCCGCCCCCAGCCCCGCCCCGGCGCCGUCCCUGUGCCGCCGCGGACGGAGCGCGCCCUGCUUGGGCCGGAAGGGGACGCGAGCCGUGUGGCGUCGCGGCUGCGCGGCAGGUGACAGGGGUUUGCUGUAAAAUGGGACUUUUGACUGUAUUCACUGGACUGUGGCUGUUUUCCUUAGUAAAGGCAGAUUCAAAAGCCAUUACAACCUCUCUGACGACAAAAUGGGUUUCUGCUCCAUUGUUGUUAGAAGCCAGUGAAUUUUUAGCAGAAGACAGUCAAGAGAAGUUUUGGAAUUUUGUAGAAGCCAGUCAAAAUAUUGGAUCACCAGAUCGUCACGGCACUGAUUACUCCUAUUAUCGUGCAAUAUUGGGAGCUGCAUUUCCGUUUCUGUCACCUCUGCAGCAGAAUUUGCUGAAAUUUUCUCUGUCUCUCCAUUCCUACUCUGCUACAAUUCAAGCCUUCCAGCAGAUAGCGGCAGACGAGCCUCCCCCGGCAGGAUGUAGUUCCUUCUUUUCAGUGCACGGGAGGAAGACCUGUGACUUCGAUGCCCUGGAGACUCUUCUACUGACAGCACCUGAACGACCCAAGCCCUUAUUGUUCAAAGGUGAUCACAGAUACCCCUCAUCCAGUCCUGAGAGUCCAGUGGUGAUUUUCUACUCGGAGAUUGGUUCUGAGGUGUUUUAUAAUUUCCACCGCCAACUUGUAUCAAAAAGCAAUGCAGGCAAAAUCAAUUACAUAUUCAGACAUUAUGUAUCUCGGCCCAGGAGGGAGCCUGUGUACCUCUCCGGCUACGGCGUGGAGCUGGCCAUUAAGAGCACCGAGUACAAGGCCAAGGAUGAUACUCAGGUGAAAGGAAUGGAAGUAAACACCACAGUUAUUGGUGAAAAUGAUCCUAUUGAUGAAGUUCAAGGAUUUCUCUUUGGAAAAUUAAGAGACCUGCACCCUGACCUGCAGGGACAGUUGAAGGAACUUAGAAAGCACCUUGUGGAGAGCACCAAUGAAAUGGCACCUUUAAAAGUUUGGCAAUUACAAGAUCUAAGUUUCCAGACUGCUGCCCGAAUCUUGGCUGCUCCUGUUGAAUUAGCUUUGGUUGUUAUGAAGGAUCUUAGUCAAAAUUUUCCUACCAAAGCCAGAGCAAUAACAAAAACUGCUGUGAGUUCAGAACUUAGAACCGAAGUGGAAGAGAAUCAGAAGUAUUUCAAAGGAACUUUAGGGUUACAGCCUGGAGACUCGGCACUGUUCAUCAAUGGACUUCAUAUAGAUUUAGAUACGCAGGAUAUAUUCAGUUUGUUUGAUGUACUGAGGAAUGAAGCUCGGGUCAUGGAGGGUCUGCAUAGCCUGGGAAUACAAGGCCUUCCUCUGCACAGUGUUUUAAAACUGAACACCCAGCCCUCCGAGGCCGACUAUGCCGUGGACAUCAGGAGCCCUGCGAUUGCGUGGAUCAACAACCUGGAGGUCGAUACCAGAUAUAAUUCAUGGCCUUCUAGUCUACAAGAGUUGCUUCGACCCACUUUUCCUGGUGUUAUCCGGCAGAUCAGGAAAAACUUACAUAACAUGGUUUUCAUGGUUGAUCCUGCGCAUGAGACCACGGCAGAGCUGAUGAGCAUAGCUGAGAUGUUCCUUAGUAACCAUAUACCACUGAGACUUGGUUUAAUCUUCGUGGUUAAUGAUUCUGAAGAUGUGGAUGGGAUGCAAGAUGCUGGAGUGGCUAUUAUGAGAGCAUAUAAUUAUGCUGCCCAGGAAGUGGAUCAUUAUCACGCCUUCCAAACCCUGAUGCAGAUAUAUAACAAAGUAAGGACUGGAGAAAAGGUGAAAGUUGAACAUGUGGUCAGUGUCCUGGAGAAGAAAUACCCAUAUGUAGAAGUGAACAGCAUUUUGGGGAUUGAUUCUGCUUAUGAUCAGAAUCGGAAGGAAGCAAGAGGCUACUACGAGCAGACUGGGGUUGGUCUGCUGCCUGUCGUUCUGUUCAAUGGGAUGCCCUUGGAAAAGGCACAGCUGGACCCUGAUGAGCUGGAAACCAUCACCAUGCACAAGAUCCUGGACACCACCAGCUUCUUCCAGCGAGCAGUGUACCUGGGUGAACUGUCCCAUGAUCAGGAUGUGGUAGAGUAUAUUAUGAAUCAGCCAAAUGUUGUUCCACGAAUCAAUUCUAGGAUUUUGACAGCUGAGCGAGAAUACCUGGAUUUAACAGCAACCAAUAACUUUUUUGUGGAUGAUUAUGCUAGAUUUACUGCCUUAGAUUCUCAAGGCAAGACUGCUGCUAUAGCCAAUAGUAUGAACUAUCUGACAAAGAAAGGAAUGUCCUCCAAGGAAAUCUAUGAUGAUUCUUUCAUUAGGCCAGUGACUUUUUGGAUUGUUGGAGAUUUUGACAGCCCGUCUGGAAGGCAGUUGCUGUACGAUGCUCUAAAACAUCAGAAAUCCAGUAACAAUGUGAGAAUAAGCAUGAUCAACAAUCCUAAGGAAGACAUAAAGUAUGAGAACACGCAGAUCUCCCGAGCAAUCUGGGCAGCUCUCCAAACACAAACCUCCAGCACUGCCAAGAACUUCAUCACAAAAAUGGCCAAGGAGGGGCCUGCGGAGGCCCUGGCUGCGGGGGCUGAUGUUGGGGAGUUCGCCGUCGGGGGCAUGGAUUUCAGUCUUUUUAAAGAGGUCUUUGAGUCUUCCAAAAUGGAUUUCAUUUUGUCUCAUGCCAUGUACUGCAGGGAUGUCCUGAAGCUGAAGAAGGGACAGAGGGCUGUGAUCAGCAAUGGAAGGAUCAUUGGGCCACUGGAGGAUAAUGAACUCUUUAAUCAGGAUGAUUUCCACCUCCUAGAAAACAUCAUCUUAAAAACUUCAGGACAGAAAAUUAAAUCUCACAUUCAACAGCUUCGGGUAGAAGAAGAUGUGGCAAGUGACUUGGUGAUGAAGGUGGACGCUCUCCUGUCUGCUCAACCAAAAGGAGACACAAGAAUCGAGUACCAGUUUUUUGAAGACAGACACAGUGCAAUUAAACUGAGGCCAAAAGAAGGGGAGACGUACUUUGAUGUCGUGGCCAUCAUUGACCCUGUCACCAGAGAAUCACAGAGACUGGCCCCACUGCUCUUGGUGUUAACUCAGCUGAUCAACAUGAAUCUAAGAGUCUUUAUGAACUGCCAAUCUAAACUUUCUGACAUGCCUCUAAAAAGCUUUUACCGUUACGUCUUAGAACCAGAGAUUUCUUUUACUUCAGACAAUAGUUUUGCUAAGGGUCCAAUAGCCAAAUUUUUGGAUAUGCCACAGUCUCCUCUGUUCACUCUGAAUUUGAACACACCUGAGAGUUGGAUGGUAGAGUCUGUCAGGACGCCGUAUGAUCUGGAUAACAUUUAUUUAGAAGAGGUGGACAGCGUGGUGGCUGCUGAGUACGAGCUGGAGUACCUCCUCCUGGAAGGUCACUGCUAUGACAUCACCACCGGGCAGCCUCCGCGAGGCCUGCAGUUCACGCUGGGAGCUUCAGCCAGCCCUGUUGUCGUGGACACCAUCGUGAUGGCCAACCUGGGUUACUUCCAGUUAAAAGCCAACCCAGGAGCUUGGGUUCUCCGGCUGAGGAAGGGCCGCUCCGAAGACAUUUACAGGAUCUAUAGCCAUGACGGGACAGACUCUCCGCCCGAUGCCGGUGAAGUUGUUGUCGUCCUCAAUAACUUCAAGAGCAAAAUUAUUAAAGUGAAGGUUCAGAAGAAGGCAGACAUGGUGAAUGAAGACUUGCUGAGUGAUGGAACUAAUGAGAAUGAAUCUGGAUUCUGGGAUUCCUUCAAAUGGGGCUUCACAGGAGGACAGAGGACCGAGGAAGUGAAACAAGAUAAAGACGACAUAAUUAAUAUUUUCUCCGUUGCAUCGGGUCAUCUCUAUGAAAGAUUUCUCCGCAUCAUGAUGCUAUCAGUGCUGAAGAACACCAAGACUCCUGUGAAAUUCUGGUUUCUGAAGAAUUACUUGUCCCCCACAUUUAAGGAGUUCAUACCUUACAUGGCAGACAAGUACCGCUUCCACUACGAGCUCGUGCAGUACAAGUGGCCGCGGUGGCUGCACCCGCAGACGGAGAAGCAGCGCACCAUCUGGGGCUACAAGAUCCUCUUCCUGGACGUGCUCUUCCCGCUGGUCGUGGACAAAGUGCUGUUCGUGGACGCCGACCAGAUCGUACGGACAGAUCUGAAAGAGCUAAGAGAUUUCAAUUUGGAUGGCGCCCCUUACGGUUACACCCCGUUCUGUGACAGCCGGAAGGAAAUGGAUGGCUACCGCUUCUGGAAGUCAGGGUACUGGGCCAGCCACUUAGCUGGGCGCAAGUAUCACAUCAGUGCCCUGUAUGUCGUGGACCUGAAGAAGUUCCGGAAAAUAGCCGCUGGUGACAGACUCAGGGGACAGUACCAAGGUCUGAGUCAGGACCCGAACAGUCUUUCCAAUCUCGACCAGGAUUUGCCCAAUAACAUGAUCCAUCAGGUGCCAAUUAAAUCGCUCCCUCAAGAAUGGCUGUGGUGCGAGACGUGGUGUGAUGACGCCUCUAAGAAGAGGGCCAAGACCAUUGACUUGUGUAACAACCCCAUGACCAAAGAGCCCAAGCUGGAGGCAGCCGUCCGCAUUGUCCCCGAGUGGCAGGACUAUGACCAGGAAGUCAAGCAGCUGCAGAUCCGCUUCCAGGAGGAGAAAGCGGCGGCAGCCCGGGCGGACGAGCCGGCGGAGGAGCCUCGCGCAGACGGACCUCAGACUCAUGAAGAAUUGUAAUCUACAGAGAAGGAUAGGAACUCGCACCAUUUGAAAAACACUUUGUCUUAAACGCUCGUUCUCUCUGACCUGUCUACACGACUGCUGAUGCCUCGGCUGGGCAGGAGCCCAGCGCCUUGGGAUUCGGGCAUUGCCUUGGGCGUGGCGGCUCGGAGUCUGGAGUGAAGGCUCUCGUGGCUUUGUACCUCAGAGGAAGGCCAGUGGCUGAGCUUCCGGGACUCUGUCAAGAGCCGUCUUCUAACCAGAAGGGAAACCGGCCCCGUGCGCCCCGCCCUGAGCCACAGGCCCCUCUGCCCCCUCGCCGGCCUCGCCUGCCCUGCGCUCUGCACCUCGCACCUCGCGGCGCCCUGCCUGCUCCUCCCGGCGCCCGUGCAGCGGAAGGAGGCCAGCCAGCAAGGGUCGCCGUGUGGGCUCAGGGAGGAGAACGUGAGGAGCAGAGGCUCUGGGGCGCACGGGGAGGGGAGACGGGGGACGGGCUGUUCUCUUGUAAACAUCAGAACCGUUGUGACUCACUGAAAUGAAAACAUCCUGUUCCCACCCACUUCGCUGACUACUUUAGGUAAUUAUUUGUAAACAGUUUUUGUAUCUGUGAAAGUCUUUGCUUUUUCCCCAUUUUCUAAACAUUGUUUUUGCUGCUUUCCUGACUGGGAACAGCCAGAGGGCGCCCAGGGCCAGGGCUGCCCCGGAGCCCCCUCGGAGGACUGUCCUCCCCGCACAGGGAAGCGCUUUGGCUUUCUCCACGAGACGCUGGCACCUGAGCCAGGACGGUCUGGGCUGUGUCUUCUGUUCUCCAGCCACCGGCUCCGCUCCUGCUGGCUCCGCCCGGCCUCACGGCGCCAUCCUGAGCCCACGUGAGCCCAGUCAGGGAGCGGCCUGUGCUGGGAGCCUCCGAGGGGGCGGCUCCAGGUCGCUCUCUAGCCGCAGGCGACGGCGCAGGAGCAUGGCCAGGGGCUCCUGCUCGCCUGCUUUUUAAAAAUACCAGGAGGGCGCACGUGGAUAGCUCAGCCCGGCGGCAUUAAUUUGCAGGUUUUUUAAUAUCUAAAUCUCAUGAUAAAUAUCAAGUACUUUAUCAUUUCCAUAUUCCAGACGAAAGGUAGCUUAGGAGUCUCUCAAGCACUCCGAGCUUUGGAGUUUGCUUCUAUAAUCCCAUUAAGCAUG